ACUUAGUUUGAAGUUUGAAGUUUGAAGUUUGAACCCUCCUUUUCAGUUGUUUUUAGAAGGUUGUGAGAAAAUAUUGAUCACUGACUGGAUCAGAUUACAGGGAAAUUUAACAUUGUCGAAGCUUUCGCGUAUAAUCAACAAGCAGUUGUUAAACACCAUUCUGUCUUCUUCUGAUUUUCUUCAGUCAUCGCCAGUAAAGUUAUUCGAUAUAACAAAAGCCCCAUUAAAAAUCCCUAAUUUUUUAGCCCCAGUUCUCAAUUUCUCCAGAAACCUAACUCCCAAACAGAAUUUGUUGUUUUCUCAUACCAGAGUUAUUAAUUUAAGCUUCAAUUCUAACCCUCGUAAUUUUUGCUCUAGUUCUCCCCCUCACAUGGAAACUGUAGUUAAUCAAAAAAUCCCUUCAUCAAAGGAGGUCACUGACAGCACACUGAGCAGAGUAAAAGACGAUCUUUGGGUAUCAAUUCCAGUCAGGGCUUAUUACAAGUUCAACAGGAUUGAUUUAAAAGGAUUAAUUGCUGAGAAUCAAGACAAUUUGAUCCAUCAUACAUCUGGAGAGAUCAAUUAUGCUGUUCUCAAAUUCGGCAAUGGGAGCUCUCAAACUCCUUCUCGAGAUUCAGAGGCUAAUUUAAGUGGGAGUAGUCACUCUUACAUGGUGGUUUUCCCGUAUGGAUCCACUGUAGUGUUUAAUAUGCUUGACGGCGAAGUUGAUGGGCAUCUGAAGAUUGUCGAAAGACAUGCCUCAGGGUUAGCGGAAAUGGGCAAGGAUGGGGCGUCUUUUCAGAAUUACCACAUUAAAUAUGAAGUGAGAGAAAAAUCGAGUUUGCCCAUGUGGAUGCAAGGUGGUCGAGGUUAUGUCAUGUUGCAGCGUUUGGAUAUGCAGGGGAUUCGUGCUAUUAGUAGUGUUCUUGGUCAAAGUAUAGCUCUCGAUUACUACUUUCGCAAGGUUGAUGGAGUAAUUGCAGCAUUUGCAGAAUUACCUCGCGCAAGGAGGACAAUUAGGUCUCGUAUAAUGCGGAAAAAAAGAAUGUAUCAACUAGUUGGGAGAGCAAAUUCUACUCUUGUUGAACUUGUUGUUAAGCUUGGGCUUUUUGAGAGAUCAGAAGUUGCUUCUAUGGAAGAUGGCAACUACUCCCGGAUGUUGGAGUAUCUAAAGGAUCAAUUUGAAUUGAAUAAAAAAAUUGUAGGCAUUGAUUUUUACUUGAGGUUGAUGGAGAGGUUUACAGAAUUUGUAGGAGCUGACAUGAUGUGGAGAUAUAUUCUUGGAGUUCAUGGUUUAAUUGCUAUAUGUGCAGGCCUGGUGUAUUGCUUUUCGCCACUUAUUACCUCAUUGUACAGUUUAGCAGGCGCUAUUAUGACAAAAACAAAUACGGUUAAAGUCACCUAUUAAACUUACUUAAGAUUGUCACCAUAUCAUUGUGUGUUUUAGUGAACCAAAUAAGAUUUUACAUUGAGGAUGCACUUCCUCUACUUUUACAUGGAUAACAACUUAAUGUUUCUAUUACCAGCCUUGUAUACUCCAAAAUGUAAGAAAUUUCUAUCCUUGAAAAUAAAGGGUUUACAGACU